AUGGCCACUACAUCGGGCAUGCAUGUACAGACGCACGAUGGCGGGCCGGAGACAGAGCCCAAGAUGGUGAAUCGACUGCGAGAUAGCAAGUCGCCUUAUGUCAGAGCGCAUAUGCACAAUCCGGUGGCAUGGCAAAUGUGGGAUGCAGAGGCCAUGGACUUGGCUAGGAGGCACAACCGUCUAGUCUUUCUCAGUAUCGGCUAUUCAGCAUGUCACUGGUGCCAUGUCAUGGAAAAAGAGUCGUUCAUGUCGCCAGAAGUGGCAUCGAUUUUGAACGAGUCGUUUAUCCCGAUCAAAGUCGACCGAGAAGAGAGACCUGAUAUUGACGACGUUUAUAUGAACUACGUACAAGCGACUACGGGAUCAGGAGGCUGGCCUCUGAACGUCUUCUUGACACCGGACUUGGAACCGGUAUUUGGUGGUACCUACUGGCCUGGGCCGAACUCGUCAACCUUGCACGGACAGGAGACUCUGGGAUUCGUCGAGAUUCUCGACAAGUUGAGAGAAGUGUGGCAGACUCAGCAGCAACGGUGUCGCGAUAGUGCGAAGGAAAUCACCAGACAACUCCGGGAAUUCGCAGAGGAAGGGACACAUUCUCACCAAGGCGACCGAGAGGCGGAUGAAGACUUGGAUAUUGAGCUCUUGGAGGAGGCAUACCAGCAUUUUUCCGCGCGAUAUGAUUCAGUUCACGGAGGGUUCUCCAGGGCGCCUAAGUUCCCAACGCCUGCAAAUUUGAGUUUCCUUCUCCGCCUGGGGAUCUAUCCCAGUGCCAUAUCGGAUAUUGUGGGACAAGAAGAAUGCGAAAAGGCAACCGCCAUGGCGGUUAGUACGCUCAUCAGAAUGGCGCGCGGCGGUAUCCGGGACCAUAUCGGCCACGGUUUCGCCCGGUAUAGUGUCACGUCUGACUGGCUCUUGCCUCAUUUCGAGAAAAUGCUUUACGACCAAGCGCAGCUAUUGGAUGUCUACGUAGAUGCCUUUAAAAUCACGCAUGACCCGGAGCUAUUGGGUGCCGUCUACGACCUUGUUACCUAUUUGACAACCAGUCCCAUUCAAUCCGCGGCGGGUGGUUUCCACUCUUCGGAAGACGCGGACAGCCUUCCAGCGCCAAACGAUAGUGAGAAACGAGAGGGUGCGUAUUACCUUUGGACGCUGAAGGAGUUGACUCAGGUUCUUGGUCAACGGGAUGCCGGAGUCUGCGCUCGUCACUGGGGCGUGCUCCCCGAUGGAAACAUUGCACCCGAGAAUGACCCGCAUGAUGAGUUCAUGAAUCAGAACGUACUGUCAAUCAAGGCGACACCGCGCCAAUUGGCGAAAGAAUUCGGGUUGGGUGAAGACGAAGUUGUACGAAUCCUCAAAUCGGCCCGACAAAAGCUGCGCGAGCACCGGGAGAAAAACCGCGUACGGCCUGACUUGGACGACAAAAUCAUCGUGGCAUGGAACGGCCUGGCCAUCGGUGCGCUUGCAAAAUGCAGUGUUUUGUUCGAUCAGAUAGAGAGUUCGAAGGCAUUGCACUGCCAAGAGGCUGCAGCGCGAGCAGUGAAGUUCAUCAAGGAUAACCUCUUCGACAAACCCACGGGUAAACUAUGGCGUAUCUAUCGCGAUGGUAGCCGAGGCGACACGCUUGGGUUUGCGGAUGACUACGCGUACUUGAUUCAUGGAUUAUUGAACAUGUACGAGGCCACGUUUGAUGACAGCUAUCUACAGUUUGCGGAUCAGUUGCAGAGGUAUCUGAAUCAAAAUUUUAGCGCCUAUACCGGAUCAACACCGGCCGGGUUUUAUAGCACACCAUCUACGUUGACGCCGGGCAUGCCAGGGCCUCUCCUCCGGUUGAAAACAGGCACUGAGUCUGCCACACCAUCUAUCAACGGAAUCAUCGCCCGCAACCUGUUGCGACUCGCGACACUACUGGAAGACGAGGAGUACCGGACUCUGGCGCGACAAACGUGUCGCUCAUUCUCCGUCGAAAUCUUACAACACCCAUUUCUGUUUGUCGGACUUCUGGAUGCGGUGGUCGGGCUAGAAACAGGCACCCGACAGGUUACCGCAGUGUAUUGCACGGCCGACAUCACCGAAACGAAAUCAGGACACGAGGAGGGCCUGCUUGACCGCGCUAACGCACCGAUAUCAGCUCGAGACCUGGUGGCGAAGCAGGCGCGUAAAGAAGCGGGCCUGGCGACGUCGUCGUCGAGCGCAACAGUGGCGCUGGUGGAUAUCCGGCCGUCUCAUGCAGGCGAUUUCGUAGGCAACCCUUCAUUUUGGUUGCGGACACGGAAUCCGAUGUAUCGGGAACUUAAGGCAUCCGAACCGGGGAAGAAUUAUCUACAGGUUUGUGAGGGAGGCAAGUGCCGCAUGGUGGACGUAUAA